AUGCAGGGCUCUUUUUAAGAGAAGGAAGCUCUAGCUGACAUCUUUAAUUAAAUAAUAGAUGUCGAUAUACAAAUCUUUGGGACAAUAUUAGAAAUAUUAAGAAAGGAAAAUGUUUAAGACUGCAUUGAAUUUCUAUCAGACAUUGGGAUUCAGAGACAGUUAGAAUCUUAAAUCUUACAAGAAACUGAUACAGAAUAGAAAUUUUCUGUUGUUAGAAAUGGCAUGAAAUAAAUUAUAGAUGUCUUAAGAAAAUUAAAAGAUCAUGAAUUCAAUAGUUAAAACUUUUCCUCUGAAGAAAAUGAAGAAUCAACAUUAAGUUUUAUUAAUAGCAUAAAGGAUAAUAGAACGAUCGUUGAAUUUUUGUAAUUUUUAAUUCAAAUCACAUCCAUUGAUGAAACUAUAAUAUAGGGUGGGUCUAAUUCAUUACAUUUAUUAGUUUAGAUGAAGGUGGACCUUAGGAACAAAAAUUUUGAAAACAUAAAAAUCUCAAAUACUUCAUUGGUGGGAGCAAAUUUUGUUAAGUGUAACUUUAGUGGAUCCUAAUUUAAUAAUGUUAACAUAAGUGGAAUAAAGUUGAAUGGAGCAUUAUUAUUGAAUUGUAAAUGGAACAACUUAAGAAUCCAUGAAUUAAAUAAAUUAAAUGGUCAUACUAGUGAUGUCUACUCAGUCUGUUUCUCUCCUGAUGGAAAUACAUUAGCUUCAGGUAGUGAUGAUAAGUCUAUCCGUCUUUGGGAUGUAAAAACAGGAAAAUAAAAAGCCUAAUUAGAUGGUCAUGAUGAUUGUGUCUAAUCAGUUUGUUUCUCUCCUGAUGGAAAUACAUUAGCAUCUGGUAGUGGUAAUCUUAAUGGUGGUGGUGAUUGUUCUAUUCGUCUAUGGGAUGUUAAAACAGGAUAAUAAAAAGCCAAAUUAGAUGGUCAUACUAAUACUGUCUACUCAGUCUGUUUCUCUCCUGAUGGAAACACAUUAGCUAUUGGUAGUGGUUAUGGGUCUGUCUUAUUAUGGGAUGCUAAAACAAGAAAGAAAAAAGCCAAAUUAUUUGGUCAUACUAAUUAGAUCAACUAAGUCUGUUUUUCUCCUGAUGAAACGAUAUUAGCAUCUUGUAGUUAUGAUAAGUAUAUCUGUUUAUGGUAUGUUAAAACAGGAUAAUAAAAAGCCAAAUUAGAUGGUCAUAAUAGCACUGUCUACUCAGUCUGUUUCUCUCCUGAUGGAAAUACAUUUUCAUCUGGUAGUAGUGAUUAGUCUAUCUGUCUAUGGGAUAUCAAAACAGGAUAAUAAAAAGCCUAAUUAGAUGGUCAGGAGCAUUGGGUAAUGUCAAUCUGUUUCUCUCCUGAUGGUACUACUUUAGCAUCUUGUAGUAGUGAUAAUUCUAUCCAUCUAUGGGAUGUAAAAACAGGAUAAUAAUAAAAGGCCUAAUUAGAUGGUCAUGAUGAUUUUGUUAAAUCAGUUUGUUUCUCUCCUGAUGGAAAUACAUUAGCUUCUGGUAGUGAUGAUAAGUCUAUCCGUCUAUGGGAUGUCAAAACAGGAUAAUAAAAAGCCAAAUUAGAUGGUCAUACUCAUAAUGUCUACUCAGUCUGUUUCUCUCCUGAUGGAAAUACAUUAGCUUCUGGUAGUGAUGAUAAGUCUAUCCGUCUAUGGGAUGUCAAAACAGGAUAAUAAAAAGCCAAAUUAGAUGGUCAUACUCAUAAUGUCUACUCAGUCUGUUUCUCUCCUGAUGGAAAUACAUUAGCUUCUGGUAGUGAUGAUAAGUCUAUCCGUCUAUGGGAUGUCAAAACAGGAUAAUAAAAAGCCAAAUUAGAUGGUCAUACUCAUAAUGUCUACUCAGUCUGUUUCUCUCCUGAUGGAAAUACAUUAGCUUCUGGUAGUGAUGAUAAGUCUAUCCGUCUAUGGGAUGUCAAAACAGGAUAAUAAAAAGCCAAAUUAGAUGGUCAUACUCAUAAUGUCUACUCAGUCUGUUUCUCUCCUGAUGGAAAUACAUUAGCUUCUGGUAGUGAUGAUAAGUCUAUCCGUCUAUGGGAUGUCAAAACAGGAUAAUAAAAAGCCAAAUUAGAUGGUCAUACUCAUAAUGUCUACUCAGUCUGUUUCUCUCCUGAUGGAAAUACAUUAGCUUCUGGUAGUGAUGAUAAGUCUAUCCGUCUAUGGGAUGUCAAAACAGGAUAAUAAAAAGCCAAAUUAGAUGGUCAUACUCAUAAUGUCUACUCAGUCUGUUUCUCUCCUGAUGGAAAUACAUUAGCUUCUGGUAGUGAUGAUAAGUCUAUCCGUCUAUGGGAUGUCAAAACAGGAUAAUAAAAAGCCAAAUUAGAUGGUCAUACUCAUAAUGUCUACUCAGUCUGUUUCUCUCCUGAUGGAAAUACAUUAGCUUCUGGUAGUGAUGAUAAGUCUAUCCGUCUAUGGGAUGUCAAAACAGGAUAAUAAAAAGCCAAAUUAGAUGGUCAUACUCAUAAUGUCUACUCAGUCUGUUUCUCUCCUGAUGGAAAUACAUUAGCUUCUGGUAGUGAUGAUAAGUCUAUCCGUCUAUGGGAUGUCAAAACAGGUUAAUAAAAAGCCAAAUUAGAUGGUCAUAGUAAUUUUGUGAGAUAAAUCUGUUUCUCUCCUGAUGGAAAUACAUUAGCAUCUAGUAGUUAUGAUAAGUCAAUCCGUCUUUGGGAUGUCAAAACAGGAUAAUAAAAAGCCAAAUUGGAUGGUCAUACUAACACUGUCUACUCAGUCUGUUUCUCUCCUGAUGGAAACAUAUUAGCCUCUGGUAGUAGUGAUAACUCUAUCCGUCUUUGGGAUUUUAAAACAGGAUAAUAAAAGGCAAAAUUAGAUGGUCAUAAUGGUACUGUUAGAUCAGUCUGUUUCUCUCCUGAUGGAAAUACAUUAGCUUCUGGUAGUUAUGAUUAGUCUAUCCGUCUAUGGGAUGUCAAAACAGGUUAAUAAAAAGUCAAAUUAGAUAGUCAUACAAAUUGGGUCUACUCAGUCUGUUUCUCUCCUGAUGGAAAUACAUUAGCAUCUGGUAGUGGUGAUUAGUCUAUCCGUCUAUGGGAUGUCAACACAGGAUAAUAAAAAGCCAAAUUGGAUGGUCAUACUAACACUGUCUACUCAGUCUGUUUCUCUCCUGAUGGAAACAUAUUAGCCUCUGGUAGUAGUGAUAACUCUAUCCGUCUUUGGGAUUUAAAAAUAGGAUAAGAAACUCACUACUCCGAUAAAAAUUACAAAGAUAUUCUGGCUUAAUUUAAAACCCCUUUAUUUUAAAACAAUCCCUUAGCAGGUAUUUAUUUUUCAAUUAUUAUUUAGUCUCUAAUUAUUCUAUUCUUGUUUUAUCCAAAAAAAUAAUAUUGGAAGUAGAAGGAACAUAUAUCUUACAAGGUGAAUUUAUAAAUCAUUAAGGGAAAGAUUUAAGACCCUUAUUUCAAUCUAAAGGAAGUUGCUUUUUAGAAGAAUAUUAGUAAAAGUGA